AUGAUUAUGGAUCAGACUAUAGUGGAGAAAGUAUUGAGAAGUUUGACUCUAAAGUUUGAUCAUGUUGUGGCUGCAAUAGAAGAAUCAAAGGAUCUGUCCACUUUCACAUUUAUUGAAAUAAUGGGAUCUCUUCAAGCACAUGAGUCGAGAAUCAAUAGAUCGAUGGAAAGAAACGAAGAAAAAGCGUUUCAGGUAAAGGAUGUAGUUCCAAAGUAUAAUGACAGUGAUUGUGGCCGAAGAAGAGGAGUAUAUCGUGGUCGAGGUCGUGGUACCAAAAAAGUAUGUAACCAAAAUGAAGAACAAAGGCAGUUCGAAGUGCAAUCAAGCAACAAAGCUAAUAUUCACUACCAUUGCAAGAAGUUUGGUCAAGUAAAGGCAAACUGUUGGUACAAAAAUCAAAGAGCCAAUCUCGCAGCAGAGAAUGAAGCAUCGGAGAAUAAUGGAAAGGGUUUGAAGUCUGUAUUCAAGGAGCUUAACGAAGGAGAAAAGUUGAAGGUGGAGCUCGAAAACGGCAAGGAGCUACAAGUAGAAGGCAAAGGAAUGGUGGGAAUUGAAACUCAUCAUGGAAAUAGAAUUCUCACAAAUGUUUAG